UGAACCUUUCAAAUGUUUUCGCUUCCCGCCGGAAUAAUGCAGGUGUAUAAUUUAGAGUGACAGCUCGGUGUGAAGGGAUUUUUUGACUGUUCCGUAGGGAGUCAUUUUCAGUACAAACGUUUGGACAUGUUCGGGGUAGAUUAUGCAGCACGGAGCUCUGCUGGCUAACGUUAGUACCCGUGUCUGGGGGUCUACCGGGCCGGUCCGCUGCGCAGGUUUGGAGCGCGCGCCAUUUUGUGAAAAUUGACAUAUAAUCUUGGUGGAAAAGUCUUUUUUUUAAUAUAUAAAGACGUGUCGAUGAUACAUGAUGUAUGUACACGCGUAGUAUUUAUGUCGUUUAUAUAAGUCAUGUUUUUUUUUCUUAAAAAAAAAAGUGUUAUAACCUGUGCUCCAUCAUAAGCCAGGGAAACAUUUCUCACUUUUGAGCGGAAGCAGGAGCAACUAGCCUUUAGCGGGUUAGCUAGUCAUUGCUAGGUAACGAUACCUGGAUAGCAUUAAUUAGUGUACUAUAUACUGUAUACAGCAUUCGUCUGUCAGGCCUGUUUUUUUUUUUUUUUUUUAACAAGCAGCGUUUGAGGACAUUCGUUUGAGUUUGCAGUCUGCCGCCUGUCAGUUAGCUUGUUAGCCUCGCUCUGUGUGUGUGUGUGUGUAUCGGGGUGCCUCAGUCAGUGAACGCGUCGUAACAAACGUUACAGAAGCUGGAUCAUUGGCUUUACCUUUUCGGAUCUGGGCCUUUAAAUGAAGAUCAAAUCAUUAAAGGGGGAGAGACCUCAGCAUGCCAACCCUGGUCUGGCCGGCUUGCACGCUCUUUUUCUUUCAAUGCUGCUGGGUUUCACAUGGCUGCUCCGAUGCCUCAUUCACACCCGCAGCACAGUGACUGUCACCAGCAGAGUACAGAGCAGUCUGGCACUGUACUACCAUACAGUGACCAGACGCAAGCGCUCACUGCCAAUCAGAGGCACAUGCCCCAGUGUUUUCGUGAGCCAGCUUCAGCUCCCUUGAGGAAGCUCUCUGUUGACUUAAUCAAAACUUACAAACACAUUAAUGAGGUGUAUUAUGCAAAAAAGAAGCGACGGCAUCAACAGGGUCAUUGUGAAGACUCCAGCCAUAAGAAAGAGAAGAAAGUCUUCAAUGAUGGCUAUGAUGAUGACAAUUUUGACUACAUUGUCAAGAAUGGAGAGAAGUGGAUGGAUCGUUAUGAAAUCGACUCUUUAAUAGGAAAGGGUUCAUUUGGGCAGGUUGUUAAAGCUUAUGACCGUGCCGAGCAGGAAUGGGUAGCAAUCAAGAUUAUCAAGAACAAGAAGGCGUUUCUGAACCAAGCUCAGAUUGAAGUGCGGCUGCUGGAGCUCAUGAACAAACAUGAUACAGAAAUGAAAUAUUACAUAGUUCAUCUGAAGAGGCACUUCAUGUUCCGGAAUCACCUUUGCUUAGUGUUUGAAAUGUUGUCAUACAAUCUGUAUGAUUUGUUGCGAAACACAAACUUUAGAGGAGUUUCUUUAAACCUGACACGGAAAUUUGCUCAGCAGCUUUGCACAGCACUGCUGUUUCUUGCCACUCCUGAACUCGGCAUCAUCCACUGUGACCUCAAGCCAGAAAACAUCCUCCUAUGUAACCCCAAGAGAAGCGCUAUUAAAAUAGUGGACUUUGGAAGCUCUUGCCAGCUAGGACAAAGGAUAUAUCAGUAUAUCCAGAGUCGGUUCUACCGCUCCCCUGAAGUUCUAUUAGGAAUGCCAUAUGAUCUGGCAAUAGACAUGUGGUCUUUGGGGUGCAUACUGGUAGAGAUGCAUACAGGAGAGCCUCUGUUCAGUGGUGCCAAUGAGGUGGACCAAAUGAACAAAAUAGUUGAAGUUCUUGGCAUCCCACCCAGUCACAUUAUGGACCUAGCACCAAAAGCCAGAAAGUUUUUUGAAAAGUUGUCAGAUGGGACGUGGAGCAUCAAGAAGACCAAAGAUGGGAAAAGGUACAAACCCCCAGCUUCUCGGAAACUGCACACCAUUUUGGGGGUGGAAGCUGGUGGUCCCGGAGGUCGAAGGUCUGGCGAAUCUGGCCACGCAGUGGCUGACUACUUGAAGUUCAAGGACCUUGUGCUGAGAAUGCUGGACUACGACCCCAAGACUCGAAUCCAGCCCUACUAUGCGCUUCAGCACAGCUUCUUUAAGAAGACUGCUGAUGAGGGAACGAACACAAGCAGCAGUGUUUCAACAAGUCCUGCACUUGAGCAUUCGCAGUCCUCAGGGACCACUUCUAGUACAUCCUCAAGCUCAGGAGGAUCAUCUGGAACAAGCACCAGUGGCAGAGCGAGGUCUGAUCCCACUCACCAUCAUCGGCACAGUGGGGGGCACUUUAGCACAGCAAUGCCAAGCAUAGACUGUGAUAACCUCCGCCCUCAGAAAAGACAGCCUUACCAUCCCCCUGUACUAUGGACUGAUGGUGUUGGCCCAGAGGUUGUCACGGUAGAGACGCAUCCAGUGCAGGAGACCACCUUUCAUGUGCCUCCUCAGCAUCCUAAAGCAUUACAUCCUCAUCAUCAUCAUCACCACCACCACCACCAACACGGACAGGUCAUAACAGCAUUUCCCCGGUCACGGCUCUACAACUCGCCCACCAACAGCACCUUCACACAGGACUCCAUGGAGGUUGGGCAUGGCCAUUUGUCCAUGACAUCUCUGUCUUCCUCUGCCUCCUCUUCCUCCACCUCUUCCUCUUCCACAGGAAACCAUGGCCACCAGGUGUACCAGUUCCGCCAGGGGCCCACCACGGCCCUGGACUUCAGCCGAAUCGGAAGCAUGGGUUUGGGUGCCUUCUCAAAUCCCCGUCAAGAAACUGGCAUCGCUGGACAUCCAACGUACUCGGUUCCCUCCAACACGGGACCCGGGCAAUUCAUAACAGAGGGACAUUUGGGAAUGAGACAAGGCAUUGAUAGAGAUGAGUCUCCGAUGACUGGAGUCUGCGUUCAGCCGAGCUCCAUGGCUAGUUCGUGACUAAUCUGGAAAUGUUUUGUUUUUUUCUGUUUGUGGUUAUUAUGAAAUUUUUUUUUCUAGGUGAUAUUUUCCUUUUCUCCUAUUUUUAAAUGGUGCAUAGAGAACAAAAAGCUGCUCACUUUUUAGGGGAGAUAUCACUGAAACGCUACAACUGAAGAAUAUUUAAAGUAUAUGUAUUUCAGAUCUCUCUUUUCCACUUAACAGACACAUUCGUAAUACUGCAAAAUGACCAUCAUAAAAUUGCAUCUGCCAGUUCACUCACUACACAUAGUACGCAUGUCCCACUCGUGGUUCGUUAAUUUUUUUUAAAUCGGUUUUUAGUAUUUCACAGCCAAGAACUGCCACACAGCUAUCUACAUGUAAAGCAAUGCAAAAAAACGCAUCCUUUUAAGUUCCAACAGUGAAACAUUUAGCAUUUUGUUUUCUUGAUAAUUUAUUUACCCAUUAUUUGAAAGGAGUUCUCAAAGGAGCUGUGUGUUUAAAAACCUGUAGUGUGUGCAGGAAGAAGUACUCUCAGUGGUCUUUGGUGUUGUCUGUAUUGUGUAACUGUGAGAAGCGUGUGCUCAGACUGUGGAAGCAGAAUGAGCUGCAGUAAUGUUCAGGCUGAGCCAUGUCUCACCAUGUGUUCCAGUUAUGGAGAAGAUGCACUGAAUGGGGUCAGAUACAGAUUAAGGGUUGUGUUGUUCAGAACCCUGUUGGCCUUACGAUUUUUGAACAUUUGAUCGAAAAGUACAUAGACAAUACUGUUCAGAUAAAGACACCUUUCCUCUUAUUUUAACAUAAAUGAUCAUUAUUUGGAGGAAUGCUGAGUAGAGUAAAAAGUAAUCAAGAGGUUAUUAAGAGGCCUUUAUUUAACAAAGGGACUUAAGGGACUCAUAAUUACAGGGUCAAGUGUUUUAAUCGUGACUUCCUAUAAUUUUUCUUUUUAUCAAAAAUUUCACAAAAAUUUGUCUACCCUAUAAGAGAUGCUUGAUUUUUAUUUAUUUGUUCCUUUUCCUUUUGAUUGUACACUUUCCAUUGAACACUGUUUACUUAAAUUAGCAUAUUCACAUUUUAGUACAGAAAUCUUCACUGAAAUUUGUGACUGCCUUUCUCCCCUCUUGAAUUAUGCUGUGAACUUUACACAUUUUUUUAAAUACCAAAGUAAUUGGGUUUUUUUAUGGUUCUGUAACCAAUAAUGUAGCAGUUCACCACUCCAACACAGUGUUUUAUUAAAUGAUCAGUUUUGUCCAUACCAAAAGUCUAUCAACUACUUUUGUAAAAAAAAAAAAAAAAAAAAGAGAGAAGAAAAAAAAAAGAAAUAGAAAUUGUGCAGAGCUUGGUUGAAUUGUUGUUUGGUUACACAUCAAAAUCCUGUUCUUUUCUUUUCAUUUUGGUUUCUAAACAUCAAGCAGUUGGGACAUAACUUGGCACAACACUGCUGCUCUGCAGGCUACGGAGUAGCUGUAAAAGAUUACAAGGAUGGGGGGGGGAGUUUAAAUUGUCUGUUGGUGGGUGAUGCUACGUUUUUCUACUUACUUUGGAUGAUAUGAUGAUUUUUAUCAAAGUACUAUACUUCAGCUAAAAUAUUCAGGCAGUCUACUGUAGCUACUAUGAAUACAAGUUGAGUUUGUCAAACAUUUUGUUUGGUGCUUGUUUCCCCAUACACUUGUUUGACCAGAGUCUAAAUAUGGCAUUGAGGGCACAUGGGCAUAUGCAUGUUUCUGAGAGAUUCAAUGUUUUCAAAAUCACUUUGCAGUUAAAGAAGCAAUUGGCAAUUGUUAAUUAAUUGCAUAAGCAAUCUCAUCCACGAUUUCUAGUAGAACAGGUUGUGAAGUGUUCUCCACCCAUGCUCACACUUACUUGCUGCACUGGGUAUUAACCAAGACCAAUUCCAUGCAUAUUACCAAUGAAUCUUUAGUGUCCUGCUGCCAAGUCAGGUAACAGGACGCUGUUGUACCUGAAAGUGGUGUUUAUUUUGCAGACGGCAUCUUUACCCUCUUACAAAACAAAUGAUGUUUGAUAUAUUUACAUAUUCUGAAAAGAGUAAUGGGGAUGAAAAAUGGUUCAUAUAAAUGUUAAAUGGCUUUUAAAAAAAUAGUUUUUAUAAAUGGCCCCAUUUGAGUGGGGAACACAGCAGUUUGCUGAGCUCAAAACAUUCCAAAAUAAACCUGGAAAAAACUGAA